AUGAGAGCUGCAAGGCCCGGCAAUGCCCACAAAGUCUUCGCAGCUUGCAAGUCCGUUUCCUUUUGCCUGCAGGAAUUAGCAGAGGCUUUGAAGACAAACACUGCCAUCACCUUCAUCGGACUCGGGCACACGCACAUCGGACCCCAGGGCGGUAAGGCCCUCGCAGAUGCAUUGAUGGUNNUCUCCCUGUACUCGAACAACAUCGGAGCCGAGGGCUGCAAGGCCCUGGCAGACGCUCUGAGGACCAAUCACACCGUCAAAAGCAUCGACGUCGCCUUGAAUGGCUUGUCUGCGCUCGAGCUCGUCUCGUUUCGCUUUUUGGUUUCCCUACUCCGUCAGAAGGAGGCUUAA